GAAGAAGAAAAACUUUGUUCAUGACCCGGCAUGUGUGUCGUUGGGCCGCAUGACGUUUGUGCUGGUAAACAUAAUUGCAUUUAAGAAGGACUUUAAGCCACGUUAUUUUUAUUAACGCUACAUUGAAAGUAAAAAAAAUGCCAAAGAAAUCAAAAGAAGAAGCGGAGUGGGUGGGUGACGAUGAAGCCGCUCCGCCGGCACCGGCAGAGAAAACAGUGAAGAAGGGGAAAAAGGAUAAAAAAGAAAAAAAGAGUUUUUUUGAGGAACUCGCCACAGGCAACAAACCUGAGAAGGAAGAUGAGGUGGCUGUGAAACACACACAAGGAAAACAGUCUCAGAAGAAGAAGAAAGACCGGCGGAAAGGGAAGGGUGGAGAUGCAGAUGAGGAGGAUGAGGAGGAUGUCAUGCUAAAGCUGAAAAAGCUUUCAGUGCAAGCAAGCGAUGAGGAUGAAGAGCCAGUCGUCCCCGUCAGCAAAGGACAGAAGAACAAUAAGGGUGGAAACAUCUUCGCUGCUCUUAGCCAGGGCCAGAGUGAUGAAGAUGCUGAUGAGGAUGACGAAGAUGAACCAGCAAAAAAGUCAGUGCAAAAUGAAGAUAAGAAACCUAAGAGGGGUAAGAAGGAGCAACACAAGAAAGGAAAACCUGCCGAACAAGGACGAAGUGAGAAGGGGGAGGAGGAUGAGGACGAGGAGGAAGAGGAGGAUAGUGAUGGCGGUGACAUGAUGAUGAGUGCUGAGGACACCAUUGCAGAACAGGCCAAGCAGCAGGAAGAUGACCCGUUCGCUAACCUUAGCAAAAAGGAAAAGAAGAAGAAAAAGAAGCUGAUGGAGUAUGAGCGUCAGGUGGCCAGUGUUCGAGCUCAGAAUGCCUUGGAGGGAGAUUUCUCUAUUUCCCAGGCUGAGAUGUCCUCCAGACAGGCCAUGCUAGAGAACGCCUCUGAUAUCAAGCUCGAGAGGUUCAGCAUAUCUGCACACGGCAAGGAGCUUUUUGUCAACGCUGACCUUCUGAUUGUGGCAGGAAGAAGAUAUGGUUUGGUUGGACCAAAUGGCAAAGGAAAAACCACAUUGCUGAAACACAUAGCCAACAGGGCUCUCAGUAUCCCCCCCAACAUUGAUGUGCUGCUGUGUGAACAGGAGGUGGUAGCUGACGACACGCCGGCAGUGCAGGCAGUGCUGAAGGCAGACACCCGCCGCCUGAAGCUCCUGGAGGAGGAGAGGCAGCUCCAGGCUCGUCUGGAGAAGGGGGAGGACAGCGUGGCUGAAAGGCUGGACAAGGUCUAUGAAGAGCUGAGGGCAAUUGGAGCUGCAGCAGCUGAGGCCAAGGCCAGAAGGAUCCUGGCUGGAUUAUCAUUCACCCCUGAGAUGCAGAACAGACCCACCAAGAGGUUCUCUGGAGGGUGGAGGAUGAGAGUUUCUCUUGCCAGAGCUCUGUUCAUGGAGCCCACUCUACUGAUGCUGGACGAGCCCACCAACCACCUGGACCUGAACGCCGUCAUCUGGCUCAACAACUACCUUCAAGGCUGGAAGAAGACUCUCCUCAUAGUUUCCCACGACCAGAGUUUCCUUGACGACGUGUGUACAGAUAUCAUCCACCUAGACAACCAGAAACUCUACUAUUACAGAGGGAACUACUUGACGUUCAAGAAGAUGUACGUGCAGAAGCAGAAAGAGCUGCAGAAACAGUAUGACAAGCAGGAGAAGAAACUCAAAGACCUAAAGGCUGGUGGAAAAUCGACCAAACAGGCUGAAAAGCAAACUAAGGAGGCCCUGACCAGAAAGCAGCAGAAGGGCAAGAAGAAGGGAGGUCAGGAGGAGGAGAGCCAGGACGCCACAGAGCUGCUGAAGAGGCCUAAAGAGUACACCGUCAAGUUCACCUUCCCUAACCCCCCACCUCUCUCACCGCCCAUACUGGGACUACACUGUGUUGACUUCGGCUAUGGGGGUAGUCACAAGCCUCUCUUCACAAAUGUGGACUUUGGAAUCGACAUGGACUCCAGGAUUUGUAUAGUUGGACCCAAUGGUGUUGGGAAAAGUACUUUGCUGCUGCUGCUCACUGGGAAAUUAAAUCCAACUAAAGGGGAGAUGAGGAAGAACCAUCGCUUGAAAGUGGGCUUCUUUAACCAGCAGUAUGCUGAUCAACUGAACAUGGAAGAGACGGCCACCGAGUACCUGAUGAGGAACUUCAACCUUCCCUACCAGGACAGCAGGAAGUGCCUGGGGCGUUUUGGCCUGGAGAGCCACGCCCACACCAUUCAGAUCUCCAAACUGUCUGGUGGUCAGAAGGCCAGAUGUGUGUUCGCUGAGCUGUCCUGUCGUCAGCCUGAUGUUCUCAUCUUGGAUGAACCCACCAACAAUUUGGACAUUGAAUCGAUCGAUGCCUUAUCAGAGGCCAUCAAUGAAUAUAAAGGAGCUGUGAUCAUUGUGAGUCACGAUGCCCGGCUCAUCACAGAGACCAGGUGCCAGCUGUGGGUGGUGGAGGACUGUACGGUCAACAAUAUCGAUGGAGACUUUGAUGAUUACAAGCGGGAGGUGCUGGAGUCUCUUGGAGAGACCAUGGUCAACAAGGUCAACCCAUGAUCACACAGCUGCUGUCAGGACACACUGCUGCGCUACAGCGUGUCCCUCCGUCAUGAGCUACAUACACUUCAUCCAGGACCAGACGGCAUGCCUCUCAAAGUUACACUGAUAAAAGAAAAACAUUGGAUUUGUUGUGAGCUAUCUAUUCCUUUUCUUCUGGGGUGUAACAUCUCUAACAGCAUGGAGUUAGACACAGAGUGUAAAUCCGACUGUUAACUUCUAUAAAUAUACUGAGGGGGGUGCAAAUGAUUUGUGGUCAACGUCGAUUAAAGCCAACAAUAAAAUGAAUCAAUUUUUCA